GCAGGCAUGCAUUUAAGCUCUCUUCCCCGAGGCAUGCAAUGGCGCAGAUAUUGAAUGCAACAAGAAAGCCAAAAUGAGUCUCGUGAAUGAUUUCAUGUAAAUAACUGCUAUUCCUUCAUUCUCUUCUUUGUUUUCUUCAGCUCUUCUCUGGCGGCGAUUGAGAUGGACGCGCACGCUCCUCUGCUCAAAACCUCUGACCCUCCGUCGCCGUCCCCGGUGGUGUUGGACGAGAACGGCGACUAUGCUUCAGUGAAGGGAUUCAAGGCCGCUAAGGAGGUAUUCUGGACAGAAUCGGUCAAGUUGUGGCGGAUUGCGAUGCCGAUCAUUUUUAAUAUUGUGUGCCAAUUCGGCGUCAACUCCUUCACCAACAUUUUCGUCGGCCAUCUUGGCGAAAUUGAGCUCUCCGCGGUUUCUCUGUCUCUCUCUGUUAUCGGAACCUUCUCUUUUGGCUUCAUGCUUGGCAUGGGAAGUGCAUUGGAGACUCUCUGUGGCCAAGCUUUUGGUGCUGGCCAAAUUUACUUGCUUGGUGUUUACAUGCAACGCUCAUGGAUAAUCCUAUGGGUCACCUGCAUUUUACUCUUGCCAAUUUACAUCUUUUCGGCUCCAAUAUUGGAACUUCUAGGCCAACAGAAAGAGAUAGCUGAUAUAGCUGGAAAGUUCACUAUACAAGUGAUUCCUCAGUUUUUCUCACUAGCCAUCAAUUUUCCAACCCAAAAGUUUCUUCAAGCUCAAAGCAAGGUUAACGUGAUUGCCUGGAUUGGUUUUGUGGCUCUACUUCUGCACACUGGGUUGUUAUGGCUCUUAAUAUAUGUAUUCAAGUGGGGCUUAACUGGUGCAGCUGUGGCAUUUGACGUCACUAGUUGGGGAAUUUCAUUGGCUCAAGUUGUUUAUGUUGUAGUUUGGUGCAAGGAAGGGUGGCAUGGAUUCUCUUGGGCAGCAUUUGAGGAUAUUUGGGCUUUCGUUAGGCUAUCCCUUGAAUCAGCUGUAAUGCUUUGCCUUGAGGUUUGGUAUAUGAUGAGCCUUAUUGUUCUUACUGGCCACCUUGAUAAUGCAGUGAUCGCUGUAGAUUCUCUCUCCAUUUGCAUGAAUUACAAUGGAUGGGAAGCAAUGCUGUUUAUUGGGAUAAAUGCAGCCAUCAGUGUCAGAGUUUCUAAUGAACUUGGACUGCGACAUCCAAGAGCUGCAAAAUACUCUGUUUACGUGACAGUGUUCCAGUCUCUUUUGAUUGGCAUAUUCAUGGUUGUUAUUUUGGCAACUAGAGACUAUUUCGCGAUAAUCUUCACGAGCAGCAAAAUUUUGCACGAGGCAGUCUCCCGCUUAGCUGGCCUCCUUGCUGUGACAGUAGUUCUUAACAGCGUUCAACCAGUGAUUUCUGGUGUUGCUGUUGGAGGUGGGUGGCAGGGACUGGUGGCUUACAUCAAUGUGGGUUGUUAUUACAUUUUUGGGCUUCCCCUGGGGUUCUAUCUUGGUUAUGAAGCGAAGUUAGGGGUUAAGGGACUUUGGGGAGGAAUGAUAUGUGGAACUGCUCUGCAGACUUUGCUGCUCUUGUUUGUACUUUAUAGAACCAAUUGGAACAAGGAGGUGGAAGAAACAAGUGAACGCAUGAGGAAAUGGGUGGGCAAGACAUCAAAGUCGAUACGAUAACAGCCAGACCCUGAGGCCUGAGCUUUAAUAUCAGUAAAGGUGCAGAUAACCUUAUUACUUUAAUCUCUUGUCCAGAUCCAAUGGCCUUCUAACUGGAUCUCAUCAUGCUAUAUGUCAAGAGUGGAUGGUCUUUGCAUGUUUAUUCUGUUUUAUCCGUAGAUGUAAAGCACUCGCUAUCCUUCUGCUUUUGGUACGAAUAUAUUUCCCUGUGUAGGUUGUCAAGAAAGACAGAAAUACCUCAUUUCUUCUAUAUUCUCCGCUCUUGCUUUUUUUAAA